UAGGGCAGCGCUCUCCGCGGCACAUGCAGAGCGCACAUGCAGCGUGGCUUUGCAGGACGCAUACCACAGUCGAAUAAGCGCAUCAAAGUCCCCUCAGCUCCAGAUCCCCGCCAAUGAAAACGCACAAAGGCGUGAAGGGGGGAAAGAGGGAGAGAAAAAGACUACAAAGAGAGAGAGGAAUCCCACACAUACAGACACAAACAGAAGUUGGGGCAGGCGGGCGGGGAGGCUGUCACAUUUCCUACUCACCUGCAAACGUGAUUGAUGUGGGUGUUUGUAUCAGUGGGUGUGUAUGUCAUGCUUGCCACUCUCUCACUGCGCCUGGAUGUGCUGACUCCACUUUCUUGGAAUUCAUGAAAAUCGCCUAAUCUUCGCUCGUGCAGCAACACGCGUGCUCGACCCUGGUGAGGCAGUAUCCAGAGCGCAGAAGGCACUCAGGUACCUCAGAGGAGCGCAGCCAGUGAGAUCUCCACCUGUCAGAGAAGAAGUCUCAGGUUACCACAGUCUACUGGAGGAGCCUGACGCGCACUGGACGCGUUUUUUUCAACGUUUUUACGCUUUAUGGAACAGGGGUUGUCUCCAUAGACGACUUCUGAUUUUCACAGCUGUCUUCCCAAGACUUUUACUUCGUUUUUCUGAAAUCUUCCUUCAAGGUUGAUCAAUUUGUUCAACUCCAAAAAGCGAAAUGGAUAACAGUCCUGGCGGAGGUGGGGUCAUCCUGUAUGCAGGGUCUUCUGGCAGUUCAAGUCCAAGCCCUGGCAGCCCCUCCAGUGGGUACCAGACCCAGUCGCCCUCUUCACACUCCCAACCCUCAUCUCCAGAGGAGGUUACCUUCACAGAGAUUGGGGCCCUGAAAAAGGGCAGGACGUCCGGAUGCAACACUCCAUCUUCCAAACUGGUGUUCCAGUUUCCGGAGGUCUACAGCAAUCCUUCAGCAGCAACCACUCCACAGCAUUCCUAUGCACACCCCAUCGCAGCAAAGAAGCCCUGUGGCUUUACUGGAACUUUCACAAAGACAGGAGGAAUGGUCCUGCUUUGUAAGGUCUGUGGAGACAUUGCAUCUGGUUUCCACUAUGGAGUGCAUGCCUGCGAGGGGUGCAAGGGUUUUUUCCGCCGCAGCAUCCAGCAGAACAUAAACUACAAGAUGUGUGUGAAGAAUGAAAACUGUCUGAUCAUGCGCAUGAACCGGAACCGGUGCCAGCACUGCCGUUUCAAGAAAUGCCUGGCAGUUGGAAUGUCAAGAGAUGCUGUGCGUUUCGGUCGCAUUCCGAAGAGAGAGAAGCAGCGUCUCCUGGACGAGAUGCAAAGCUACAUGAACAGCCUGAACGAGUCGGCUGCCAUGGAGGUGGAGUCGCCAGCGAGGGACAGCCCCACCAGCACAGAUGAUUGCAACUCAAAAGAGGCCAUCGGGGCCAUCUCCAGAGCCUACCGCGACAUCUUCGCGAGCAGCAGCAGCAUCCGCGAGAGAUCCGCCAACAUCAGCACAAACAACAACAACAACACAACAACUUCUUAUUCUCAGGAUGGCAAUUUUGCCCAAGUCUCCUCUAAUCCUACCCCUACUCAUAAUUACUGCCCUGUUGCCCGUGCAAGUGCGUGCCCCGCUGCCUCUCAGGACAACAAGCCAGUGAUUCAGAACGUGGACAACAAUCACUAUUCGUAUUUAGUGUCAACACAUCAGAAUCAUGGCCAGUCCAACUACAUGGCGCAUCAAAGGAGCAGCUCUGUGGACAACAGUUUUGGGAGUACAGGAAACAUCCAGAACCAGCCAUCCUGCCCAUGGAAGCUGCCACCAGGAGCUAAAGUCCUGGCCUGUCCUCUCAAUGCAUGCCCUGUAUCAGGAGCAGAGCGCACCAGUCAGGAAAUUUGGGAAUCCUUCUCUCAGUGCUUCACCCCAGCUGUCAAGGAGGUGGUGGAGUUUGCUAAAGGCAUCCCUGGUUUCCAAGAGCUCAGCCAACAGGACCAAGUUUUGCUGCUCAAGUCUGGCACCUUCCAGGUUCUCAUGGUGAGGUUUUGCACGUUGUUCAAUGCUCAAGAGCGCACCGUGACCUUCUUGAACGGCCAAACCUACUCUCUGUCCACCUUGAGGUCCUUGGGAAUGGGUUCCCUCCUAGAUGCUAUGUUUGAAUUUAGUGAGAAGUUGAGCUCUCUGGGGCUGGAGCCUGAUGAGAUGGCCCUCUUCAUGGCUGUGGUGCUGGUAUCUGCAGACCGCUCUGGGAUCUCAGACAUGGAAGCUGUGGAACAGCUGCAGGAGGGUCUGAUCCGAGCUCUUCGGUCACUCAUCACCCGCCGUCGUCCAGAUGACUCCGCCCUCUUCUCCAAGCUCCUCCUUCGCUUACCAGACCUGCGAACCCUAAACAACCUGCACUCUGACAAACUGUUGGCUUUCCGCAUAGAUCCCUGAAGAGUCAGCUCAUCCGUGGAAAGCAUGCAAACAAACUGCAUACCGACCAGACUUUAUCUUGAAAGGGCAGGACUUCCUUCAACAUUGAUGAACAAGGACUUGUGCAAUCAAAGGAGUGAUUUUUGAGAGGGAAAUACGAAGGAACUGAAGAUAUUUUGGACUUAUUUUCCUCAAAACAAUAAAAAUACUCAGUAAAACUCAUGUACAUAAACCUCAGCACUUCCUGCAAGACAUCAAGUGCAGACCAUGUUUCUGUAGAAAUUUACAUUUCUGACUGAUAAUUUGUUCAUUUGCUUACCUCAAAGAAUUAAAUGUAAACAAAAUCAAACUUAUUGAAGUGAAAAUCUGUAUAUUCCAUAAACCAUCUGUUAUCAUCCCACCUUGAUGCUGUAACCAAGUCACAGAAAAACAGUUAUUACUUUGGGACCAUUCAUGAUAACCUCUUCUAAAGAAAAAGGGAACCUGUACAUAAUAAAUAGUGAAAUAAUAUUGUAUCACAAUCAUACCAUCUGCAUUAGGACAAGAACUAGGCUGGUAUUUUAUAGUGUCAGGAUGUGUUCAGUCACUCAUUCAUUUUGUAAUUAUAUUACCAUCAUUUGGUUUUAAUACACCAACUUCACAAAUCAAUGGCAACUUUGUAAUCCAUGAAAACAUUGUGCGUGUGUUACUGUAUUGUGUCUCCUUUGGAUUGACGGAAUGCACUUCUUUAACGGGGACUUUAAAGUUUAUUUUUGUCGCUGUAAAUAUUAUUUUACCCAAAUGUAUAUAUAUAUAAUCUGCUGAAGAGAUUUAAUGGAUCAGACAUGCUGUUUGAGUUUAGUCAAAUGAAGAAUGUACUACCCUCUCUAUACUAGGGAGGGUCUGGCUAUGCCAAGGGGGGGUCUUUCCAUUACAGAAUGUGUGGUAGGGGUUUUCAGAUGGCUUAUAUACACCUCUUGCAGUUAGAUAAGGUAACUGACCAGCAUAAUCCUUGAAAUCACCAGCACUUGGUUCACACACCCUUCCUGAGCCCUCAAUGUUUGUCAUACAAACUCAAGAGAUAUCUUUCGGUGGGAGAUCGAUUGAAUUGGUGCUCUAAGCUUGUUUGAUUGUGGUUGAUUGAGCACAUAUUGUACAUUUUGUAUUUUGUUCCUUCCUAAUUGAAAUAAUAUAACAAUAUAAAAAGAAAAUGACAAAUUA